AUGCGCAGGCUCCUGGAGAGCAGCUGGCGGCGCUUUGGCCCCGCGGGUCGCGGUUCGUACGACUGGGUGACGCCGGCGCCCUCUGCGCGCGAGCAGCAGGGAUUUAAUUGGAACGACCUAGGCGACGACAGAAAGUAUGAGCUGCUGGUGUACGUGGUCCUCCCAGCAGUGUCUGUUCUCCUGCUGGUCCUGGUGGCGGUCGUGGUGUUCCGUCGCUGCUCCGCCUCCACCCCUAAGCUCAGCCUGGCCAACGUGAUCACAUUGGACCUGCAGGACGGCGAGAGCGGGGCAGAGAUCUUGUCGUCGCUGACCCGUAAUGCCGAACGCCACGCCAGCACCAGCUCGACGGGCUCGGACGGGGUCUUUGUCAUGGUCUACCUGCCGCCACCCUACGAGGAGACGCUUACCAAGAUCACCAGGGCCGCAAGCCUCAGCAGCUCCAAGGACGCCGAGUCGAUCAAGAUCGAGGACCUGGAGGCCAAGCUGUGCCCGGAGAUCAAGUCCAGCGGACGAUAUGUGUGA